CACCCGGAGCCAGAGGCGACCCGUCCCCAUGGCUGCGCUGCGCUACGCGGGCCUGGACGACACGGACAGCGAGGACGAGCUGCCCCCGGGCUGGGAGCAGCGGACCACCAAGGACGGCUGGGUGUACUACGCCAACCACUCGGAGGAGAAGACGCAGUGGGAACACCCCAAAACUGGGAAAAGAAAACGCAUCUCCGGAGAUCUGCCCUAUGGAUGGGAGCAAGAGACCGAUGAGAAUGGACAAGUGUUUUUUGUCGACCACAUCAAUAAGAGAACCACCUACCUGGACCCGCGGCUGGCCUUCACCGUGGAUGACAACCCCGCCAAGCCGAGCAUCCGGCAGAAGUACGACGGCAGCACCACGGCCAUGGAGAUCCUGCAGGGCCGCGACCUGUCGGGCAGAGUGGUGGUGGUGACGGGCGCCAACUCGGGCAUAGGCUUCGAGACCGCCAAGUCCUUCGCCCUCCACGGCGCGCACGUGAUCCUGGCCUGCAGGAACCCGGCGAGAGGCAGCGAGGCCGUGGCCCGCAUCCUGGGAGAGUGGCACAAGGCCAAGGUGGACGCCAUGACCCUGGACCUCGCCCAGCUCUGCAGCGUGCAGCGCUUCGCGGAGGAGUUCAAGGCCAAGCAUGUGUCCUUGCACGUGCUUGUGUGCAACGCAGCUGCCUUCGCGCUGCCCUGGAGCCUCACCAAAGACGGCCUGGAGACCACCUUCCAGGUGAACCACCUGGGCCACUUCUACCUCGUGCAGCUGCUGCAGGAAGUCCUGUGCCGCUCUGCGCCCGCCCGCGUGGUGGUCGUCUCCUCCGAGUCCCACAGGUUCACGGACAUCAAUGACUCCUCGGGGCAGCUGGACCUGAGCCUGCUGUCGCCCGCCCGCGGCGACUACUGGGCCAUGCUGGCCUACAACCGCUCCAAGCUCUGCAACAUCCUCUUCUCCAACGAGCUGCACCGCCGCCUGUCCCCGCGCGGGGUCACCUGCAACGCCGUGCACCCCGGCAACAUGAUGUACUCGGCCAUCCACCGCGGCUGGUGGUUCUACACGUUGCUCUUCACCCUGGCCCGGCCCUUCACCAAGUCCAUGCAACAAGGAGCGGCCACCACGGUGUACUGCGCGGCGGCCCCCGAGCUCGAGGGCCUGGGCGGGAUGUACUUCAACAACUGCUGCCGGUGCACACCCUCGGGCCAGGCGCAGAGCGAGCCAACAGCACGGGCCCUGUGGGCGCUCAGCGAGAGGCUCGUCCAGGAGGCGCUCAACAGCCAGGCCAGCUAGGGGGCCUCCAGCCGGACCCCCCGCACA